AUGGCGUCGAGGGCUCUUAUUCCGCUUCUCGUGGCUAUGAUGCUGCUGACGGGUGUCUGCAACACCCUGCUCACUAAAUACCAGGACAUGCAAUGCGUCGCUAACUGCGACUCCGAAGACCCUUCGAAGCGAUUGUACUUCAACCAGCCCGUUCUUCAGACGGCGCAGAUGUUCGUCGGCGAGAUGGGCUGUUGGUUGGUAGUCGGCCUGAUGGCUCUCUACCGUCGCUACGGCCCCGGAGCAUCCCGCGAGGGCUACGAAACUGUUAACACGAACGAUACCGACGACGCCAACACCGCGCUCGUGAACCCCAAUCGACGACACAAACCUCAGGAGGAGGGCUAUGGCGCUAUCUUGCGUGGCCAUCGCAUCCUCCUACUGGCCCUUCCCGCCAUUUGUGACAUUCUCGGCACGACGCUGAUGAACAUUGGUCUACUCCUCGUCGUUGCCUCCAUCUAUCAAAUGACUCGGGGUGCGCUCGUACUGUUCGUGGGCCUGUUUAGCGUCAUCUUCCUGCGCAGGCAUCUCUACCUUUUCCAGUGGCUUUCGCUCAUGGGUGUUGUUCUCGGUGUCGCCGUUGUCGGAUUGGCCGGAGCCAUCUACCACGAAGACAAGAACACGGAGAGCGCCGCUGAUGACGGCGCUCCGGCUUCCAAUGCCCUGAUGUCCGUCGUUGGCGUCUUACUUAUUGCUGGAGCCCAGAUCUUCACCGCGACCCAGUUCGUGCUCGAGGAAUGGAUCCUGGAGCGGUCAGCUAUCGAGCCUAUCAAGGUCGUCGGAUGGGAGGGUCUUUUCGGCUUCACCGUCACGGUCAUAGGCAUGAUAGUCUUGCACCUGGCUAUUGGCCGCACCGACGCCGGCCGCAACGGCUUUUUUGACAUGGUCGAGGGCUGGCGGCAGCUCACCGAGAACCGAGCCAUCGGCAUAUCCAGCAUUCUGAUCAUGAUCAGCAUCGGAGGCUUCAACUUCUUUGGCCUGUCGGUGACCAGAAGCGUCUCUGCUACUUCCAGGUCUACCAUCGACACAUGCAGGACCCUGUUUAUCUGGAUCGUCUCUCUGGGUCUUCGCUGGGAGACUUUCAAGUGGCUACAGGUUGUUGGCUUCGCCCUGCUCGUCUACUUUACUUUUCUCUUCAACGGCAUCGUCCAGCCCCCCUUCAAGUUUCUGGUCCCUGAGGAGGAGAUUGAGGAGCUGUUGCCGGAAGAGCCUAUUGAACACCAGUAG